AUGUACAGCUUUAUCACUAUCUCCUCGCAAGAGGGCCAAGGCGUUUCUCAUUUCAACAACGCUUACGUAUCCGACAGUAAGGAAAACGAUGACUACGGGUUUACUUUGAUUGAAUCAGCAUUGUCGGAGUUGAAGGAUUUGGUUUCAUAUGUUGAUGACAAGAACAAGACAUCAGCACCACCCACUCAAGCACAUCCAAACACUCACUUCUCAGCUGAAACCAGAACUGUCAAGAGCCAACACAAAGCUACCGCAUUCUACCCCGUUUUUUCCCAGUCUACAUCAUCAAAUGUUUCAAAUACAACUACCCAUACCAAAAGCGCAUUCACCAAACAUCAACACGGAUCAAAUGACUUCUCAAGUAAAAGGUUGACGAAGUCCAAGAUGAGAAGAGAAGAGGAUGAAGACGUUGGCGUUGUUAAAGGGGGCUCAUUCUACCCACUAGACUUCAAGGACGACGACAAGCACGAGAAUGAUACGUCGAUGGUUAUUGAGUCCUCAAAAAUGAUGCUUGCUAGGACCAAGAGACACACACAACAACCAAAACAAAACCAAACAAGCUUUCUGCCAUCCACUUUGAGCAUUCUCAACAAAAACACCUCCACCAACUGUUUCAAUCCUCAAGUCUCGUCAUUCAACCCACGAAAACCACUGACCGCGCAGAAGCUGAAGUACAACAAGAUCAACUCAGAUGAACCAAAGAUGUCUUCCACGCCUAGCCUUGUCACGGGACCAGUCCGAAGAUUUGCCACUCCAUGGGACGAUUGCGGCGAAGAUGACGUUGAAGCUGCUGUUGCAGUGAGUGACCCAAAUGGGGACAAAUCAAAGAAUGGGUCCAUCUCCAGUAUAGAAAACGCAAUCCUUAACUACAGACCACCUCAACCACCAGCCCCAAUGAAAUGGACCCCAGAAGUGUUGCUCAUUGGUGGUGAGUCAGACAGUGGUAACAAAGUGAAGUUCAAUAAUAAGAUGGAGGUGCGUCAGUUUAGCAAUGACAAGCAUCAGGACUUUACUCGAGUUAUCGAAGGGAAGAACAAGGACAAGAAACUUCGUAGGAAGUGGUCUUGGGGAUCCAAGAGGAAAGCACCAACAACAAACAUUGAUGGAAAGCCCAGCAUCUUGAAGAGGACUGGAUGGGUUCCUGGUGAGUACAUUACAGACGAAGUGGUUCCAAUAUUCUCGCCCGACACAGAAUCAGGACGUGUUGCGCUUCAGCUUGGUUUGGAUCUGGACGAGGAGGAAGAUACUGAAGAUGUCUGUCCAGCUGCUAUGCGGGGGGAAUAUGCAACGACAAUUCGGUGUGACUUGUGGGAUGAUGACGAUGAAGAAGAAGAAGAAGAGUGGAGACCCGAUUCCAGGUAUAUGGCGGACACGCCAAUGAAGAUGUUCAAAGCAAGAGUCCGGAGAUUUGUUUCGGGGGUCAAGAUUUAUGGAGAAAAGCUUCAAAGCUUGAUGUCGUUGCACACCCAUUCUAGCGGAAUGUCUGGUCUGGCCAACCAGUCGUUUGUUAGUCUGGAUUUGGGUGAAGAUGACUUGGGUGACGAGGCGGAAGAAUACUUGACCGUUGCUCCUACAUCAAGACCAAUGAUGAUACGCGAAUAA